GACUUCACACCAUCACCAUGGCUUACAACCGCGAGUGGGACAGAGGCAAGGAGACCUGGCAAAACCAAGAUUGGACCGACCACAACGCGCGGGGGAACGUGCGAGAGCGAGACGAGGACUAUUACGGCGAGGGAAAACGCAGGAAAUACAACGAUGGGGGUCACGGUGCCCCCGCCGCGGGACAUGACGAUAGCGGAUAUGAGAUGUAUACUCAAGGACGAAACCACACGAAUAUCUGGUCUGACCACGGGAAGAAACGACAUGGGCCUAGUGAAGCCAGUCCACACGUAAUCUUCCUUGGCUUGGACCCGGAUUUUAACGAAGCGGACCUUCAAGCCUAUCUCGUCGGAAAGAAAUGCACACCUGAGACCGUGACAAUCAUCCGAGAUAGAUCAACAGGUCACUCCCGCGGCUUCGGCUUCGCACAGUUUCCAACCGUCGAGCAAGCCCGUGCCUUCGUCGACCCGCUCUUCCCGUUUAUUGACCUUCCGCCACCGGCAUCGCAUGGCGCCACCGCUCGCACCGCCUUUUACAAAGCCCUCGAGGCAGGCCAGCAGCACAACGGUCGCCGCAUCAAGAUUGACUAUUCGCAGAGCGCAAGCCCGGCGGGACGACGGGGCCCGCUGAACACAAACGACGGCACUCGGGACAUUGGCAACACCCAGGGCCCCGUGCUGCUCUUCCGCGGGCUGGACCCGCUGUCCGGUCCUCAGGCGAUUGCACAGGCGAUGAAGCUGUCGUCUGGGCCCGGGAAGGAAGGCGCAAAAGGCAUGAAACGCAUCGUCCUCAUCAAAGACAAAGUCACGAUGGCUAGCUGGGGCUUUGCUUUCGUCGAGUUCAUUGAUGUGCAGUCCGCCGCCGCCGUGCUCGGUGCAACGAUGUCUCCACAACUUCACCCCUCUGGCUUCCGGAUCUCGGAGCGACCAGUGGCUGCGUCGUUUGCCCAUCCUGAAUCUUUCCAGCCGAUAUCUGACUUUGCUAUCAGAGAUGAUGCUUGCAUCGCAUCUUCACUAAGCCUCGGUGGCGUUGAGGGCACGUGGGUGCGCUAUUGGGACGAGAGCUCGGCUAUUGCUGUGCUCGAGUUCAAAGUUGACUUGCCGGUGCAGCCUACUCCUGAACAGGCUACAAAAGAGAAGAAAAAAAGGCUCAAAGACCUGGGUUUAGUCGACAAGCUGGCUGACAGCAAGCCUGCGGAAGCGUCCACUCUCCCGGUCUCAGAUAAACCUGUCACACUAAGCUUCAAGGGUGCUCUCGGACAGAAGACCGCUUUGACAACCCCAGCUGCCAGCACGACUACAAAGAAAGCUGCACCCGCUGCACUCGGUUUCUCGUUGAACGAUGAGGAGGGUGACGAGGAAGAUGACGAGGCAGGGGAGAAGAAUGAUGCCUCCGCGGACGACAAGGUUGCUGUUGCGAAGAAGUCGGUCGCGCCAAUGGUUGCCAGCAAGAAGACGGCGAAUAAUAUCACGAAAUGGAACCAAGUACAAGAGGAGCUCAAGGAUGGCCCGGUUUCCGAUGUCGCGGCGCCCUCUUUGGCACCAAUAAAGGCCAAGGAUAAGUCAACAACACCCGCGCCUGCCGAGGCCGAGUUCGAGUUCUCCGACACAAUGGCGUUGACAUGCUUGCUCUGCGCGCGGCAGUUCAAGACCUUAGACCAGCUGAAGCGGCACAACAAAGAAUCUGAGCUGCACAAGAAAAACUACAAAGACGCCAGCUUGCGCGAAGUCGCACGUGAGAAGGCUAAAGCCACGCGGGCCAAGGCCGAGCAGCAGCAGCCCAAGUACCGCGACCGCGCCUCGGAGCGGCGCACGAUCUACAACCAGCCCGAGAUUCCGCUACCCGAGUCCAGCAGCAGCAGCGGCAAGGGCGCGAGCAAGAAGCGGCACGCCGAAGGACCGCCGCCGCCGCCUUCGCCACCUCCGCCUCCGGUGAACCCCGGCGAGGACCAGAACAACGUCGGGAACAAGCUGCUGAAGAUGAUGGGCUGGACGGAGGGCACCGGCUUGGGCACAGACGGCGAGGGCCGUGUGGAGCCGAUCCAAACUGCGAUUUAUGCCCAGGGCGUGGGCCUCGGCGCGAGCAAAGGCAAAGAGAUCGGCAAGUACGCUGAGGGGUACACCGGAUACGUGCAACAAGCGCAGGAGGCGGCACGAGAACGCUACAACAGCUGAAGCACACUACGUGGUUCUUCUGUGAGGAUGACUGACGAUCUAAUACUGUCCUUGCUUCUACGGUUCGUGUCCAUAUGUAUUAUUUAUUACUCCAGCAUGGUCUCCAGUGGCCAGGCAUAUUAGUCGGAUACAUAUCAUCCUGCCGUUAGGGCACAGGUCGACAUAACGAGUAAUACAGCUACUGCGUAAGGAAUAAAAACAAAGAGCUCGUGUCUCAGAAGCGGUGGUAUGGGUCGUCGACAGGCUAGAGAGUGGAAUGCAAACCGAGAGCUCAGAACAAGACGAAGCCGAGACCGCAGAGAGCCGCGAAGAGGACAGAGGAGAGGGGUGUGAAAGCAGAGCCGGCACCGUUAGAUUGGCUGCUGGAGGAGCUGCUGCUAGUAGGAGACGGGGGAGCGGUUGAGGACGCGAUGGUCUGCGCGGCGGGCAGAGUCGAGGUCACGACGGGGGCAGUCGAGGACGGCGUAAACGUGGCAGUACCCUCCUCGACCGUGAUGUAUAUUCCCUGGAGGAUGUUAGCACAUAUCUGCUUCGGGAAACACGGAUCAAGCACUUACAGCUACGAUGGGACCAAGGUUGCUCGAGUUGACAUAAUCAGUGAGGUUAAAGGUCGAAACGCCGAUGUUGGGGGUGUUGAAGCCGUCGGGUGCGGUGAAGUUCUCCGGUUGGGUAUAGAGAAGGAUGACGUAGCUGUACUACAUCAGCCACAAAUGCGAAUGAGGAAAGGCAAAUCGAUGUGACUGACCGAUGGGCACCGCUACCUUGCGCGGGAGCAGGGCCAGCGUAGUCGGUAAUGGCAACGCCAGAGCUGGUGGUCACGUUGAGCGGGUCGGAUCCUACAGGAACCAAAGUAUUAUGAAGGCUGCGCAGAAAUCAAAGGUGCAGACGCACCAGUCAGGGUGACACCGUUGACGAGCCAGUGACGCGUCUGUCCCUGGGUCUCGUCAGUGCCGACGGGACCAGCAUCCGCCAUGACCAGGGUGUAGUUUCCGCUGAGCUGGAUAGUUGAGUUGGCCGGGGUGACCGUAAGGUUGGGAGUGGGCGAAACCUCUGUAUAUCUAUCAAAACAAUGGCAGACACAGCGAAAACAGCACACGUACGGUCCUGGGUCAACUGCUGGCCUGGAGAGAUGGAACCCACGCCAGAGUACGACAAAGCCAUGACCGCAACAGGGUCGAAGGUUGUCAGAAGCGAGGGCACGAUGCCUGCAUUGCUAAAGUGAGCCUCGAUAGCUUCAAUCCCGAGCUCGGUGUUGUUGGCCUGCGCGGCGACAAGGGCGGCAAGGGCGACGGACACAAACGCGGAGGUGAACUUCAUGAUUGCAAAGUUACGCAGUACUGCGGAUUAUAAAAGAAUGACAGCCGGUUGCAAGGAGCGACGAUGAAGGAGAGAGGAAAGUGAAGGGCGUUGUGCCCGCACAUGAUGGUGGUUUAUAUAUCCUGCGCCUGGCUUCGAGCUUC